UUUUUCUUUUUUUUUUUCCUUUUUUCGGAGAAAAGUUGAGUUACCAAUGCUUCUACUUCCGCCUACUUUGCGACUAAGGUCGGUUCUCAAUUCUCAGUGCGAUUGAAAAGGAUAAUAUAAAGGCGACCACAAAAUGCCUGUGAGAGUGGUGGAAACUUCUUCUACGCCUUCCCAGCCUUCAGGUGCAACUUCAGGAAAUACUUUGCCUCCAGCCUGUACACUUCUAAGUGUCGGACAGGCCUUUUCUGGGACUCAGAAUGUCUCAAGUCAACAAAAAGAUGAAGCGUGGAGAGUAAAUGUACGAAUUCAAGGUUGUGACCUUGAUCAUGGGUAUCUCUGUGGUACAAUGGAAGCUCUUAAUGUUCCUAUGGCAGAUACACCAGUAAGAAGCCUGUGCUUUUACUUCAAUGAGCAUCAGAUCUCUUUGCUUCUUCCUUAAAUAUCUUUGAUACAUGAAUUUGAAGCUACUUUAAAGAAUAGGCAUCUCUUGAGUGGUUGAACCUUUUUGUUACAUUCAUAUGAAAUUACACAGGUGAAAGGACGUCGAUUGAAAUGUCAUUGAUCAGUGAGCGAAGAUGGUUCUUAAUCUAACUGCUGGUCCACUUUGUCUUUUUUCUACCAUUACAAGUGGUAUUGCAGUGACAAGUUUUAUUCGACAACUCCUAUGCUUUUCACAUCUUCAUCUGGAAUACUUUGAAAAUCACUCCACACUUCAUGGUGACAGUCUAAAUAAUAUAUCCAAGAGUUUUUGUUGAAGAAAAUUUCCUCUAUGUGGUUGUCUCUCUCGAUUCUCUGCUGCAGAGAAAAUAUUAAUAUGCUUUUUCUUUCCAGUUUAGAAAAUGCUGUUGACGAUUUUGCUUGCUGUCUAGUGUCUACUCUUAAUAACUUUGAUCUUAUUUUGGACUUUGCAUGCUAAUGUUUCCAGCCUCUAUUAGAUAAAAGAAGAGGCUUCUCAACCUCACUUUCCAGGAAAGAAAAGGGAAACGAGUUAUGAACUGCUGUGUCCAUGGAGCUUUUUUUACUCUUUUAUUUUUCAAACUUGUUUUGAAAAAGCUUUUCUUGAGCUGAGGGUCUAUCAGAAAUAGUCUCUCUACCUUACACAAGGUAGGGGUAAGGUUUACUGUACACCCCGCCCUCCCCAGACUUCAUUUGUUGGUUCCGAUUUUAAGGCUUUAGGUCCAGCAGAGGAUUGAACUAGUUUAUCCACUCGCGGGGAUCGCUCUGGAUAUGUUGUUGUUGUUGUUUAUUCUUUGCAUAACAGCAGUCUCUCUCUCUCUCUCUCUCUCUCUCUCUCUCUUUGUAGUUAUUUGGUUCCCAUUAAUCUCCUUAUUCCAGCAGAGCAGUCCUCGGUUUCGUGAGACAUUUUUAUAGAUCCUCCAAGUUCAGAUAUUUUUGUUCAUGUUCUCUAGUUCCAAGAGAUUCUUUUUAAGCUGUUGUUUCUGCUGAUCUCCUUCACCCA